AUGGUAGUGGCUUUAAUACAGUGCGUAAUCGCUGGUCAACCAGGAAACUCGUUCGAGGUUGAGAUCGACGAUGCUGCGAAGGUUAGCAAGUUUAAGGACGCGAUCAAGGAAAAAAAGCCUAACGAACUCAAACAUGUCGAUGCAGACAAGCUGCAGAUCUUCCUGGCGAAGCAGCCCGUUGUAGAGGAGAGCAGCAAAGAGGUCGUUACUGAUUACCGCCCUUCUGCGAAGGAGAUGAAGGAAAGGCUCAAGUGGCUCCCAGGCGAGCAUCGGGCUGCUCUGAAGCUGGUGAAAGGAGAAUCCGACGACUACAUCAAUGCGCUGAUGGCCGGAGAACAGAUUCUAGGCUCAAAGACCUUAGCAACGUGGUUCUACACGAAGAACAACAUGGAGCUCCCAUCCAGUGAGCAAAUUCACAUACUGGUGAAGGUGCCGGAGGGGGCUGGCGACGAUCAGGAACUCGUAAGUCUUCUCUCAACGAGUAUCCAAGAAGAGAAUGCUCGAAUGUUCCAUAAAGUGGCGGAAGAAAAUCGCGAAAAAAAUCGCGAACGAGAUCGUAAGCGAGCAGAAGAAAAUCGCGAAGAAAAUCGCGAACGAGAUCGUAAGCGUGCAGAAGAAAAUCGCGAACGAGAUCGUAAGCGUGCAGAAGAAAAUCGCGAGCGAGAUCGUAAGCGUGCAGAAGAAAAUCGCGAACGAGAUCGUGAGCGUGCAGAAGAAAAUCGCGAACGAGAUCGUAAGCAAGCGAAAGAAAUUCGCAGGCUAGAGGAAGAAACUCGCAAGCUAGCGGAAGAAAUUCGCGAACGAGAUCGUAAGCGAGCGGAAGAAACUCGCAAGCUAGCGGAAGAAUUUCGCAAGCUUGCGGAAAAAAAUCGCGAACAAAAUCGUAAGCAAGCGGAAGAAAUUCGUCAACAUUUCGAGAAAUUUUGUAACCCCGCGACGCCGACUACAAGCGAUGCACAAUUGGGCUACAAGCAUUUGAAUCUAUUGCAGCUGAAAGGAUUCGUCUCGAGUGCAGAAGAAACAGUCGGAGCAGAUGCAUUUUGGUCGGUGGACGUUCAAGCCCGAGUCAACAGCAUUUCGAGGGAGAAUGAUUUUGAUGCUUUCAUUUCUACUUACUUCAGCAAUGCGCUGGACAGCCACGACCUUGUAUUCGUCAACAGCGAGCUUUAUAAAUGGUUGCCGCAGUCUGCGUUUGUUGGCAACAGCAAUACAGACCUCAAACUAGAUGGGUUUGUCACUCAUCGUGGGAUGUAUCAGAUGAUGUCCGCACCAAAUGAUGCUGUCAGUCGAGUGGGUACCUCAUUUCGUUUUGGGACAGCAACUAAGACACUGCCUGAUUUCAUCAUUCUCUUCGAGAGCAAGAUCACCAAAGAUUUGGGAGGGGCUUCAUUUGGCCAAGUCGUGCGAUACAUGCAACACCUUUUUCCCGACGGGACCAGGAAAUGCCGUUCUCUUCAACCGCAAAUUGUUUUGGCUGAUCGAAAGCAUCAAUGGUGGG